CUCAGACCAGGAUAACAGGUCCUGUACAUGAAGAUUCUGUCACUGAGAUACCCAGGACACAGCCGGGAGGAAGGAUGGGAGAGAAACACCCACCAGAGGCUAAAGUUCCCCCAAAGAUUCAGGAGGACAAGAAGAAAGAGAGUCUCAGAGAAACCUGCCCACAGCUGCUGCAGGAGCAGGGAGGAACAGCUGAGAAUAAGCUCCAGGCCAGGCAGCCUCACGCUCUCCCAGCCCGUCUGCCCUUGCUGCUCCUCACAGUAACCCGGGGAGUGUGUGGGAUUCCCAUCAUCCCCCUCCUGCAGAGGCUUCUGGGAGGAAGGGGCCUUCCUCAGCGUCAGAGGAGGGAAUAUCACAUGGAAAAACCUAAUCAGACCUCCCCGCUGGUGGAGUUCAUUCUCCUGGGCCUCUCAGCCCACCCAAAGCUGGAGAAAACACUCUUUGUGCUCAUCUUGCUCACGUACCUGGUGAUCCUGCUGGGCAACGGGCUCCUCAUCCUGGUGAGCAUCCUUGACUCCCGCCUGCACACGCCCAUGUACUUCUUCCUGGGGAACCUCUCCUUCCUGGACAUCUGCUACACAACCUCCUCAGUGCCCCUCAUCCUUGACAGCUUCCUGACCCCCCAGAAAACCAUCUCCUUCUCAGCCUGUGCCAUACAGAUGUUCCUCUCCUUCUCCAUGGCGGGAACAGAGUGUGUGCUCCUGAGCAUGAUGGCAUUUGAUCGCUAUGUGGCCAUCUGCAACCCCCUGAGGUACCCCGUGGUCAUGAGCAGGGCUGUCUAUGUGCCCAUGGCUGCUGGCUCCUGGGCUCUUGGUGGUGUUGCUUCCCUGGUUCACACAUCCUUGGCGAUUCAGCUGCCCUUCUGUGGGGCCAAUGUCAUCAACCACUUCGCCUGUGAGAUCCUGGCUGUCCUGAGGUUGGCCUGUGCUGACAUCUCCAUCAAUGUGAUCAGCAUGGGGGUGACCAAUGUGAUCUUCCUGGGUGUCCCAGUUCUGUUCAUCUCUGUCUCUUAUGUCUUCAUCAUUGCUACCAUCCUGAGGAUCCCCUCAGCUGAGGGGAAGAAAAAGGCCUUCUCCACCUGCUCUGCCCACCUCACUGUGGUGAUAAUAUUCUAUGGGACCUUAUUUUUCAUGUAUGGAAAGCCCAAGUCUAAGGACUCUCAGGGGGCAGACAAAGAGGACCUUUCAGACAAGCUCAUCCCCCUCUUCUACGGGGUGGUGACCCCCAUGCUCAACCCCAUCAUCUACAGCCUCAGGAACAAGGAUGUAAAGGCUGGUGUGAGGAACCUGGUGAGUCAGAAAUACUUCAGCAGAUGAUGUAGGAGAAGUCUUCUGUGGUUCUCACCUCCAUGGAGGAAAGGACUUCAUUCAUUACAGCUGCCAUCCAAAGGCCAACAAGUCAACUUAACUGGAAUGAUCUCUUGCCCUAAGCUCUAUUUUCAGGGAAUGUUUACCUUUUCAGAGUUUAUCUGUGGAGUUUUGGCCACAUGUCUGACAUUCAACAGAUUCCAGACAACAAAUCCUCUAACUAAACACAUGCUAAGACCAAGGAGACAGGGAGCAUUAGAGCAAGCCUAGUGGUCCGUGUUGGGUCUAAACUGCGGAUCAGUACAGAGAGGUGAGAUGGAGCUCAAAUCAGUUUUUCCACCCCUGUUGGAAUCACCGGGAGAGUCAGAGGAACAAGGAGGAAGUGGACAUUUCAUCUUGGGUUCCUGUAUAUUAGAUUCAGUUUGCCUGAAGUGCUCAGAAGAGACAAAAGUUCGCCACGUAUAAACCCUCUGGGUGGAAAUAAUCUAUUUUGAUUAAAUGAAUUUCUUUCUAGCUAUGAGAAAAUUGAGACCUUUUGUUCCUUGAUGCAGUGCACAUUUUGAAACACUGAUAGUAAAUUAAAUUGAAGAAGGAGUAUAGGGUUUGAAUUUGAUCUUCAUCACUUACAGCAAUUCCAAAUAGAAAAGGUAGUAUUCCAUUACAUAAUGAAUAAGAUAUUCUAAAAAAAAAAAAAAAAGAUGACAGGCAGAUAGACAGAUAGAUAAAGAAAGAGAUAGUAGCUGAAUAUGUUUGAAGACUUUGGGACGGUAGGUUAAAGUCUGACAGAUUUCUUUGCUCCAGGAAUUCUCAGAGAUUUUAAUAUACUAAUGUACACUGGAUAUAAAGUCUAUAGCACUUCCUGAGUCUCCAUAGUUGAACACAAUAAAACCGGGAAGCACUUUCUUACUUAUGACCGCGGGCAGGUUGCUUAACAGCUUUCAGCUUAUUUCUUCAUAAAAACACCACCACUUUAUUUUACAUGGAAUACAUAAGAUACCGUAAAUAAAUUCUUCGUAAAUAGUAAGCAUCAUAGAAAUGUGAGAUAUUGUUAGAAGUAUUCUGAAUGCCACUGUACAGUGUAAUGUGCCAUGUGGAAGAGAGCAAGAUACAGUUCCUAUCCAGAACAACAGACACAGAAGAUGGAUGAGACAUUUAAGACGGCAGUAAGUGAAUAGAAACAGUUUUAUGACAAGUUAUAUGAAGUUCUGAGAAUAUUGGAAAACUUAACUUAAAAAGAGAAUUUAGAAACAGAACCCAGCUUUACACAUACAGUAGAGCUAGGAAAUGUUUACUUCAAAUGAUAUUUAAGUUUUUUAUAUUUAUUAAAAAUGAAUUGUAUAAAAUAGGGAUGCACAUUUUGUGAAUAAAAUUUCACU